GAGCGGAGCACGGGCGUUUUUUUUUGGGAGAAACCGUCGACAAGAUCAAUUCCGCAUCCUACUGACAAACAACCUCAGUGGUUCACUUUUUAUUUCCCUGUGACUGCUGAGACGGGCAGCUUAGCCCUCUCGUCCUCCUUCUCUCCAAGUGAACUUUAUAGGGAUGUUAUAUGAGAGCAUCACCGCGCCGAAUGAACACAUAGUGCUGAAGUGAACUAUAGGACGGAUGUGAAGAGUGAACGACUGGGACAGACUCGGUCCUCUUCUUCUGCUUCUGCUACUUUUUGUGCGGUUUAAUACACAAGAAAAAGCAGAGUGAGUGUGUGUGCAGGAGAGGGAGAGAGAGAGACACACACACACAGAGAGAGAAAGAGAGAGAGAGGGAGAGAGAGAAAGAGAGAGAGAGAAGUCGCACCGGUUUUUUGGAGCUACGCUUUCAUGCCGUCAGUCUUGCGGACUCUGAGAUGGACGUCAGAUUUUAUCCAGCUCCCCCUUCAAGCGUGGGUUCAUGUACGUUACCAACUGACUCCGGUUUGGACUAUUACCACUCCAACAAGAGCAGAUACGGUGCUGCAGAUCGAGGUGUGAGGCUCUACAGUUCCCUGCCCAUGCGCCCAAACCCUGACGGCAAGAGACUGCCCUCUACUGGGUUUGAUGGUGACAACAUGUACAUGAAUGAAAACAACCAUGAGUUCCUCCAGCCAAACCAGAGCUACACAGGUCAGACCGGCGGCAGCGGGGGAGGAGGUGGAGGUGGUGGUACAGCCAGUGGAAAUGGGGAUGAAGACUACGAGAUCCCCCCCAUCACUCCACCUAACCACCCCGAGCCUCCUCUGCUUCACCUGAUGGAGCACGACUCUACUGGCUACCUCUGCCACUCGCUGCCACACAAUGGGCUCAUCAACCCGUAUUCCUACCCAGAGCUGCCCACACUCAUGAUGUCUAACAUGCUGGCACAGGACAGCCACCUCGUCUCCAGCCAAAUGCCCUCGAUGCAGGAGAUGGCUUUGCACCACCACCAACAGCAACACCAUCACCAGCACCCAGACGGCUCUCAUUAUGACCCCGCUCGUAACCACCCCCUGAUAAACAGCUCACCUCCGAUACUGCCCAACCCCAUGAGUGCACUGACCCAGCUAAACCCUCAGGUCAGCCGGAGUGCACUGCCUCAUGGUUCCCCCUCUCCUCCCGGAAGUAAAUCGGCCACACCCUCCCCCUCAAGCUCCAAUCAGGAAGAGGAGACUGAUCCUCAUUCGAAGAUCACGGGUGAGAAGCGGCCGUCUUCAGAGAUGAUGAAGCCCAAGCCCAAACCCCAAAAAAAGAAGAAAAAGAAGGACCCCAAUGAGCCUACAAAGCCUGUGUCAGCCUACGCCCUGUUCUUCAGAGACACCCAGGCAGCCAUUAAAGGACAGAAUCCCAACGCCACCUUUGGCGACGUAUCCAAGAUAGUAGCCUCCAUGUGGGACGGACUGGGAGAGGAGCAGAAACAGAGCUACAAGAGGAAAACAGAGGCUGCUAAGAAGGAGUACCUGAAAGCCCUGGCCGCCUACAGAGCCAGUCUGGUUUCCAAGACAUAUAAUGAUCCUGUGGAGACAAAAAGUGCCCAAACAAGCCAGGCUUCUCCACAUAUGAUGCCAGCCAACCCGCCCCUGUACAGUGUGCCACCUCCCCCCCAGCCAUCGUCGCCCUACCUAGGGCCCGGGGCCUUCCCUCUCACCGACCUGCAGAGCUACGCAGGACACGCCCCUCGCCACACACUGUCGCAGACGCUCAGCCAAUCGCAGAUGCUGCCCAGCAUUAGUGCCUCUCCCCCUUCCUCCUUCCAGAUCAGCCCACCCCUUCACCCCCACCAGCAGCUCUCCCUGCACCAGAGCUCGCUCCUCAACCAGCCUAUCCGCAUGCAGCAGGUCCAGUCCCAGCCAAUCAUCUCUCACCAGAUGGGCCUGCAGGCCUCUCUCCACUCCCCACCUCCUGGGCAGCAGGGUUUUUCCCACCUCCAGUCAGAUUAUCAGAAGAGCAUUGGGGGUUCCCAGUCUCCAGGAGCCUCCGGCCCUGGUCCAGGCGCUGGAGUGGCUCAGAGCCAUGACUGGGACAGUGAAUACUGCAAUCGGGAGUGUGGCAACCACUGCAGUGGCAGCAUGAUUGGCAGGGACAAGCCACUCUACCUCACCUGAAACUGAAGAUCAUGCUCUGUCGACAAAUAUGACACCGAGGAGUCUACUCUCACUCCCCUAUCCCCAUCCCCCUCACCCCUAUCCCCUCAAACCUCUUCUGAUGCACACACUUACAUACAGUUCACACUUAACAUACAGUACAAAUACAUACACACAUACAAACACAAACACACACACACUCCGCCCCCCCAAACACCACCACAUCCACCUUUUUUUGUCAGUGUAAUUUUUAUUUCUCUCAGUUUCUAGAAGAACUUGUGACCAGAGUUUUUUGACUCGAUGACUGCUGUCUGUACCACUUAAUGUAUUAGCAGUCCUCUUGCUGUUUAAAAUUUGCCAAGCACUUACGAAACCCCCCUCUCCUCCCUCCCUUUCGCUCCUACCCUCCUCUCGGAGUUGUGUUUUCUAUGCCCUCUCCGAUAAAGGCCGGGCUGUAGAGCACUCAUCGUCUGUGUCACCAUCAAAGUCCCCUCAGGGACCCCAUCCAGCUUUAAUUAGAAUAAGAGGAAAAAAUCCUCUUCCUCUUCUUUAAUCAUUUUAAUUUUCUUUUGUGUUUUUUCCUUUUUGUUGUUGUUGUUGCUGUUUUAUUUAUUUCUGGCUUGCAAAUUGUUCCUCUUUUGUUUGUUUUUUUGUUUUUUUUUUGCCAGUAAGCGUUGGGCCCUGUACUGUAGAGAAAAUAUUAACUUCUAGUAGGUUCAGCGCAGGCUUAGAUGUUAUGGUAGCUUUGCUUAAGGGCCUGCAAAUUAAUACAAAAAAGCUUGGGUCGGGAAGAGAAACAAAACAAAAAGAAUCUUUUUUUAAUAUUAAAGACCUGUUGAGGUCUACUGAGCUGUCACAGUGUGAUUGUAAAUAUCACUUUUAUGGGAUCAAAUUGGGAAUUUGAAGUCCAGAUAGAUUUGUUUCUUCUUUAAUAUUACAUGUAAGUCAUUUUGUGUGUGUGUGUGUGUGUCUGGACGUUAGAAUGUACCCCAUUCAUGACGUGUGGAGUUGAGUGUGUAUGAGCGUAUGUGCACGGACACACACUUGCGUGCAAGAGUGUUUCAGUGUUCGAGUGUUGAGUCUUUCUCGUGAAUUUUAACAGCCUUGUGCAGCUGGAUUUCAGAGGAGUAUUUCACACUCUCGUUCUUGCAUUAAAUCUGUGCUCACUGGUGUGUUUUUUUUCCAAUAAAGUUCAAUCUAAAACUGAAUACACAAUAUGUGUCCUGCAGAUCAUUAAAUGGAAAGAGCCAGGUGAGAGAUA